UAAACGCAAUCGUAGAUUUUAAUAUUCAUUACUCAUCUUCUACCUGCCUUUCCUUCUGCAAUUCAUUGCCCAUUAAUAAAUAGUGGAAGGAGAAAGAUGGAGGCCAUGGCAGACGGAACAGCACCACCUUCAUUGUCCGAUCUUUUACUAUCUCUAGACCAAGCAACCUUCAUGGCUAAGCAGCUUCCUUCUACCUCUAAUCCAACCCAUCUCCUCCAAAUCUAUAAUUCUCUUCACCAAGCAAACCUCAACCUCUCCCUCUUCCUUUCUACAACUCACCUUCCCCAAUCUCUUCCUCUUCCUCUUCCUCUUCCUCCUCCUUCCAUCAACGAAACUUCCCUCUCCUCCGCAACCAGCGCCGCCUUCGACCCGAUGCAGGUCGGCGACGACGAUGAUGCCGACGCCCACCAGAAUUCCAAGGGUACGAUUGAAAUGGUUGAGGAGAAGAUGAAGGAUUGUUUUAUUAAGAACAAGCGGGUUAAGCGUCAGCUAUCUCCCUCCGCAGCGGCUAUGGCCGAGGAAAGACGAGUGCAUCCUCAUAAUCGCUUUACUGCCACGCCCAAGGGUUUCGAUCCUCAUGUAGAGAGAUUGCGGGCCUUGGACCUUAUUUCCCAGUUUCAUGCGUGAGCCAUAGACGUUGCUUAGUUUGAAAAUUGAGAUGGAAGAAUUUACUCGCAUUCUGGGGAACCGAAUCCCCAUAAGAAGGCGCAUGGCAUCUCUAUGCCAAUAUCAAGGCUGAAGAGUAAUGUAACGAGGGUCUUUGCGUUGUUUAAGGGUUCUUGCCAGUUUCUUUGCGAUUUAGAUUACCACCCAGAGGUCUGAGCAGUAUUGGUGCGGAUGGGGCUUGACCAUGCCUUCGUCAAGUCUUAACAUGUUAUUAGUUUUGUGCUAUUUCUCUUUCCCUAUGGCAUGAUAAAAGGAUUGGUUUGUUGAAGAGACAACAUCAAAGCUGAUCUCUUUCUGCGCACAGAAAUCAGUAGGGGUGUUGGAGCACGAUCUGCUGCUACACAGAGGCUGAGCAAGAACUGUAUAGAAUGUGUGAAAGUUUCUGCAUUAACUUGAUUCAAUAUUCUGGUGUAAGCACCAGAAAAGAUCUUCAUUGCAGCAAAGUUUCUGCCAGACUUCCAUUUGAUAUAAAGUUUGAACGACGCAGAAACUUAUGGAGAUAUCCACAACAUUAUGAGAAUUCAUUGCAUUGGUUGAGAAGGCCUCAAUCUACACUACCCAAUGCAAAAGAAUAUGGAAACAGUGAUUUGUACAGAAGUAUGGGAUAUCCAACUGUGUAAUCAUGCUCCUACCUGUUCAGCAGUGAAGCUAAUUUAUUUAAUCAUUGUAUUGUUUCCAUCUCUCUUUGAGCUGCGGGGUUUACUGGAAUGGGUUGAAGCUGUGAUUGGUUGCUUGUGUUGCCCUCCGAACGAUUGGGGCCAGGUUUUGUUCUAAAGGAGUCUUGCAGUGGCAGCCUGCAGACUGGGCAUGUAGAUUGCUUUCUCAACCAUACAUCAAUGCAAGUGAGAUGAAAACUGUGACCACAUUUGGGCAUUAUUCUCAGUACUUCCUUCUCUUCAUACUCACCCAAACAGAUUGAACAUCUGAAAGUGGAGCGCAAUGAACCAUAGUUUAGUGGGUCAGGUUAUCUAUCUAUCAGUAACUGAACAUCUUCUACAAAACUGUAAGCCUAAUUAUCUAUUCUUCUGCAGCUGAUAUGCUAAUGAAUUGAAAGUUGUACUCACUGAGCAUCUUCUAUAGAACUGAAAGCCUCUCGAUCGAACGUCAUUGUUGGUAUAGCAGCUAUGAGAACUGGUUCGAGGCCACUCGCACGGGACUCUGGCUGGCAUCAAACAACAUAAAGAACCAAGAGGCUCGUCAUUUUGACAUAUAGAUGCCUAAGACGAUGGUACCAUUCCAAUCCUUGGCUACAUCACUAUACUGUGGUGAUUAACCAAUGGGAUUCACGAUCUAGAAGUAAAUAGAAACACAGUGUGCAGAUCCAGAUUAAGAGAGAUGAGAGUAUUUCUUACCUGCUGCUCAAGAUCAAGCCUGGAUUCAAUCUCAUAAUUGGGGGUAUUGGAUUGAGCUGAACGAAGUCGACCACAAAUGAUUCUUGUACAGACGAACACUAUGAAUGUAGCACUCAUUCCAAACCCAAUAACAGUGGUAAUCAAGUUCAUACCAGAACCCGUCAUCACCAAAUCUCUGAAUUCUCAGAACCCCAACUGGAAAAAUAUGAAAAACUUGCAGGAAGAGGAGAGGAAUGGAAUGAAAAAGGAGAAAAGGAUGAAGAAUCGUGACUGGAAAGAGAAUUGGGGAAAAGAGUGAAGAAAGAUGAAGUGGAAGAAGACAGUUGGUUUGUUUUGUUCAUUGGAAUGGUUGUCGUGGUGGGUCCAUGAUUAUGAAGGGAGACUGGAAGUAGUGGGAGAUUUUCUUAUCGGACGGUUGAAGAAACAAGAAAGUUGGUGUCAGAAAUGGCGGCAAAAAGUCUGAAACGGCGAAAAAGAAAGAGGGAUUUUUUAUGAGAUUCUUCUUCUCAAAGAGCUAACGUGCGAUGGCAGCCUAAACAGAAUUUCAACCCUCUCUCUGUCUUUGCUCCGUUUCUCUGUGGGUUCUUCUUCUUUUGGAUAAGGCCGUUUGAGAUUAUAUGCAAAUAUGAUUCUUGUCCACACUUUUUAUUUUAUUUUAUUUUAUUUUACAGUGUUGUUUUAGCAAUGUAUUAAGUGGUAAGCAACCUAGAGUCGUAUUCAUGUUUAUUAGCAACUUAGACUCUUGUUCACGUUUUAAGAUUCAUUGGGUUCAUUUCUUAAUUUUUUUUUUAAACACUGUUUUCCCA